AUGUCCUCCUACGUGAUUUCGGGAGUCUCUCGUGGCAUUGGCUUCGAGCUUCUCCGCCAGCUCUCUGAAAACCCAGCCAACUCCGUCUUCGGGCUCGUCCGCAACAAAGCCGCCGUCGAGGCCAAGGUUGCCGCUGAAAUCGGACGGAGCAAUAUCUACAUUAUUCAGGCCGACACUACGGACCCGGAUGCAUUGAAGAAAGCAGCCCAAGUUGUUUCGGAGAAAACAAACGGCACCCUUGAUUAUAUCAUCGCCUGUGCCGCGCUUCAAGCUAAGACUGCCUUGGUCGGCCUUGAUACUCUGAUCCAGGAUCCAAAGGCACUGGAAGAAGAUUUGAUCGAACACUUCCGAGUCAACACCAUCGGCCCCGUCCACCUAUUCAGUAUUUUCAUGCCCCUGAUUUUGAAGGGUCGUGCAAAGAAAGUGAUUGCCAUCUCCACCGGUAUCUCGGACACUGAGAUGACACUCAAGGCCGAUAUAUAUCAAGCCGUGGCUUAUUCAAUGAGUAAGGCAGCUCUGAAUAUGGCCGUUGCCAAGUUCAGUGCCGUCUACCGUGAGAAGGGCGUCCUUGUCAUGGCAAUUUGCCCUGGUGCGGUAGACACCGGCAGUCUGCAGAUCGAAACCGAGGAGGAAGGAAAGUUGGCUAUGGCUAUGUUUCAAAAGUUCAAGGACUAUUCACCCACCUUCCAAGGACCUGCCAAGCUAGACGUCAGCGUCGAGUCGGUCUUGGCUCUCGUGAAUAAGGCUACUGUUGACGGUGGUUAUGCAGGCGUCUUUAUCUCACACACAGAGAAAAAGCCAUACCUUUGA